AUAUAUUCUAUGUUUGCAAAAAACUUUAAUGUCGAAUUUUUCUGUCGUUGUUAAAUGUUAAUUAAAAGUUUAAACCUGUAUUCGUAAAUUUCGAUUGCCGACAUUUUGCAUGGACGAAAAUUGAAAAAAAAAACGAAUUUUACGAAAAUGGAGAGAUUUCUGCCAAAUGAGUGCUACGUUUGUAAAUCGAGAGACAACUUAAUAAGAUGUGACUGCAAGAUGAUCUCCUAUUGCUCUGAGAAUCAUCAAUUAGAACAUUUGCCGAUUCAUAAUAGCUUUUGCAAAAUGAUUAAAAAAUUAUUGCUAAAAAGGAAAUUGUCGCACAUUUAUGAAGAACUUACAAAUUUACGUGGGUCCGAUUGGGGAACAAAACAAAUUGAAAUCUUUGAGGAAAUAAAAAAUAGAUUAGGACGCAGAAUGACUCCUUUGGAAUAUUUUAUGUUUCAUCGUCCUCGAAUCUGUUUCUUUUGUUACAAAACAGAACAAGAAAAUCUAAUAGAUUGUCCUAAUUGUCCAGUGGUAAGUUUUUGUAAAAAUCAUCCUCACCAUGACAUUCACAAUAUAAACUGUAAAGUAAUAAUAGAAUACUUAGACGUUCUAGACGCAGCAGAGGAAUUAAACAUUGACUUGAAGUUUCUACCUUCUACUUUUCCUUGUAUUACAGAAGAAAAAGAAAAUCAAUCUAUAGACGUACUUACACGGACAUUCAUAGUAACUGAUAUGCGACAAAACUGUGCAAAGUCCAGAUUAUUAAAAACUAGCCUCACUCACUUUAUGAAUUUAGCUUCGAAACUUCAGAAUACUUUGCAAAAAAUUUACGUCAAUAUUCCAGAGGAAAUUGUCAUUCAUAUCGAUACCCUAUCUCAUAAUCAUGUAAUUAGAAGAGAAAAUUAUUGGGAAUUCCUCUUGCAUCUUAAUCCAAUGAUAAGAAAAUUAAAAAUUGUCAUUGUUGUCAAUGAGAUAUUAAACAAUUUAGUAAAUUAUUCACUUUGCGAAAAUUGUCGUUCAAAGGGAAAAGAACUGAAUGUUAAAAUCGUGGCUAAAUCUUACGACGAUUACAUGCUGGAUGAAAAUUAUCAAAAACCGAACAUUCUGCUUUACGUGAAAAUCAUCAAUGAAUGUAAUUCCGAAAGAUUAAAUAAGUGGAGUGAAUUUAAUUUUCCCAUUGUGUUGCGAUUUGCAUCAGAAUCGACAUUUUGUAAAACACUACAAUUUCUCUCGCUUUCAACAACAAAGUUUCGAUUUAUUUACGCUGGACAUUUAAAAACACAAUUCGGUACAUUGUCCUCCAUUGACAAUGAAGAUUAUUUUAUAAUUUUGCAGUUAAUGCAAAACAAGGUACUUCAAAAAUCUUGGGGUACAGUUACAGAUGAAAUCUGCGAGGAAACAAUUGCUACAAACACGAUUGAAACUUCUUUGGAAGUUAAGAAAAUUUGUAUUGAAAAUCUUCAAUAUGAUGAAAAUAAUAGUACAGAUGCUAUUGCGGAUGCUUCUAAAAUUACUCCGUCAGAAUCAAAGGAAAAUUCUGACAAUAAUGAAAAAUCAAAAUUGGAAACAAGCGAAAAUCAAUCGCCCACCGUUUCUCUUCCCGAGGCGAACAGGAUUUUAAUUCAGAACGAAAAUACAAACACCGAAACCGAAGUUGAGAAAAAUUCUAACAACGAAACAACGGAACUAACGGAAAAUAAAAAUUCGAAUAUUCCAGCAGAGCCUGCAGUUCAUACGUCGAAUGAUGAACAAAAGGAACAAAAAUCCGAGGAUAAAACACUUUCUCCAUCGCCAUCUUCUUCUUUUGUAUUUAUUUCAGAACCCGGAGAAGAGGAGAGAGAAAAAAAAGAAGAGGUAGUCGAAAAAAAUUCUGCGAUUGAGAAUUCCAAACUCGAAGAAAAUAAUUGUUCAAACUCAAUCGACAACGGAUCAUUAGAGACAGAAGACGAUGAACAGAAGAAUGACGAAAAAAAUAACACAGAACGCAGGGAGGAAGAAGAACAAAAAAAUGAGAAAGAUCUUCGUGUCAAUUUGGGAAAUGUCGAAAAUUCUCAAACUAAUAUUUUCCAAUCGUUUUUAAUCGAUCACAUUUCAUAUCUUAAUAAUGAAGUCGAUGAGUUACGGAAACGAUUAAAUGCAUCUAUCGAGGAAGUGACAAAACAACAAAUAAAAUACGAACAAGUUUUUUCGACUCUAAUCGAAGAGAAUAAAUUAAUGAGAAAAACGUUAUGUGAUAUUAUCAAUACUACUGCUGAUAUUGAUUCAGUACUUAAGAUUAAGUCUUAAAAUCACUAAAAGAAAACUGUUUUAUAUUAUCUGUUUAAAACAUUUAAAACGAUAUUCACACAUUCGUUUAUCCUCGAAUUUAAAAAUUCAAUUAUUAGUUUCUACUUAUAUUAAUAUUUCUUAACUGAUUUUAUAAUUUUAAAAAAUAU